CGAGACAGAGCCGAGAGGGUAACGAUGGCGACUGGGGCUGGUGGAGGGCUGGGCCCGGCGUUUGGGCUACGGUUGCUGUUGGCCACCGUGCUUCAAGCGGUGUCUGCUUUUGGGGCAGAGUUUUCAUCGGAGGCAUGCAGAGAGUUAGGCUUCUCUAGCAACUUGCUCUGCAGCUCUUGUGAUCUCCUUGGACAGUUCAACCUGCUUCAGCUGGAUCCUGAUUGCAGAGGAUGCUGCCAGGAAGAAGCACAAUUUGAAACCAAAAAGCUUUAUGCAGGAGCCAUUCUUGAAGUCUGUGGAUGAAAAUUGGGGAGGUUCCCUCAAGUCCAAGCUUUUGUCAGGAGUGAUAAACCCAAACUAUUCAGAGGACUACAAAUCAAGUAUGUCCGCGGGUCAGACCCUGUGCUAAAGCUUCUGGAUGACAAUGGGAACAUUGCUGAAGAACUCAGCAUCCUCAAGUGGAACACAGACAGUGUCGAAGAAUUCCUGAGUGAAAAGUUGGAGCGCCUCUAAAUCUUGCUUAAGUUUUAUCCUAUCUUGUGUUAACCUUAUCAAAUGAAAUUCUCCAGUACCCGGAUAAUAAGCCAUGCCUGCCUACAUAGAUCAGUCCUUUAGUGUGAGGCAUUAAACAUCUCAUUCAAAGCUGAACGGCAGCUCAGCCUUGCUGCCCAUGAUAUCUGUGGAGUUGGCGAGCUUGACAAAACACAUUUUUUACAAAUUUCUGUCCUCCUGCAUUUGUUGAUACCACUAAUGAAAUGCUUUGUAACAGACUUGUGGUUAAUUAUGCUAAUGAGAGUUUGUGAUAAUUGGUCCAGUUUUGUGAACAACAGAAUUUUAAAUUGGGGAGAUUAUUAAGGAAGAUGAUUACUGUGCCUCAUGUGCUGUGUGUUCUUUUGAAAGUAAUGACAGAAAACCACAAAGCAAAUAAGAUAUACCAAGCCUCAACAGAUUGCCUGCUUCUCAGAGCCUCUCAUAUUUUUGUAUUACCCAGCUUUCCUUUUCACAGAAAUGUUAUUUGUAGUGUCUGAUGAAUGUGUUGCAUAAAAACAUUGUAGCUUCAUUAUUAUGAAAGAGAUUCAAGUUCCUAGUGUAAGAGUGAAACACUCACAGAAAUUUGCAUCAGUGAAGACCACACAGAAAACCUUUCUGAGGAUUUGUGUGGAUCUGAUAUUUGGCAAAUUUUUGUUUUACAUCUCUUACAGAAAAGUUGAUUUUAAAAUGAUUGUUUGUAAGACCAAAAAUAUAAAUAAAAUCUUUGAAAAAUUAUCUGAA